AUGGAAGCCUCUUACCCCAUGCCGUCGGCAUUGCCGCACACACACACGCACCGGGUGCACACGCAGUCCCAGCCGGCCUCGCUCAGCGCCUGGCGGAUGACGGUCUCGAGCGAGACGCUGCCCUCACAGCUAGAGGACGACGAGGACCGAGGCCGGCAGCAUGACCACCAUGAUGGCCAGGGACACGAUCACGAUCAUGACCACGAUCAUGACCACGACCACGACCACGGUCACCACUACGACCACGGACACUCCCACUCCCACUCCAAUUCGCACUCCCACUCUCGCUCCCAGCCGCGUCACCACCACGAUCACGACCACAGCCACAAUCACGUUCACAGUCAUGAUCACGCCCAUUCCCAUUCGCACUCGCACUCACACUCGCACUCCCAUUCGCAUUCUCCUCAUGGCCACGACCACGACCAUGGCCACAACCAUGGCCACGGCCACAGCCAUAGUCACGAAGCCAGCCACGGCCAUAGCUCUGAGCGGUCUUUGUUUACCAGGACAAUCCUCCCCUACACGGUUGGAUGGCCCAUACUCUACUCGAUCCUGGCCGAGAAAGACUCGAGGAGGAUCUUCUACUUCAUGUCGCUCAACUUCGGUUUCAUGAUCAUCCAGGCAUUCUAUGGCUACGUAACCGACUCGCUGGGCCUUCUUAGCGAUAGCAUCCACAUGUUUUUCGACUGCGUGGCCCUGCUCGUGGGAUUACUGGCAGCCGUCUUGAGCAAGUGGCCCAAGAGCCAGCGGUUCCCAUACGGCUUUGGCAAAGUCGAGACUCUGAGUGGCUUUGCCAAUGGCAUUCUCUUGAUGCUACUCAGUGUUGAAAUCGCGUUUGAGGCAUUUGAACGCUUGUGGGAGGGGACACAGACGAAACGUCUUGGCGAGCUCUUCGUUGUGAGCACUCUCGGCCUAAUUGUGAAUCUGGUCGGCAUGAUGGCAUUUGGACACCACCAUCACGGCCACGACCACGGUCACAGUCAUGGGCACUCUCACGGUGAAAAGCAUGAUCAUGGUUGUGGUUCCCAUUCAGGCCACGAUCACAACCACAACCACGGGCACGGGCACGGGCACGGGCAUGAUCACGACAACGAGAACAUGCGGGGUAUUUAUUUGCAUAUCCUGGCAGAUACUUUGGGCAGUGUCUCAGUCAUUGUGUCCACCGUCUUGACAAGCUUCUGGGGAUGGGCCGGGUGGGACCCGUUGGCUUCCUGCUUCAUUGCGACGCUCAUUUUUCUGUCGGCGCAGCCACUUGUGUUUUCAUCAGCCAGACGGCUUCUCUUGACGGUUCCCGAGGGCGUCGAAUACAACCUGCGAAAUAUCCUUGCGGGCAUUGGGCAGCAGCGAGGUGUUGUGAGCUACUCGACGCCCAAAUUCUGGAUGGACGAUUACGGAAGCGAUCGGUUGCUGGGCAUUGUUCACGUCACGGUGGCUCGCGGAGCUGCUCUGGAAGACACCAAGGACCGUGUUCGAGAGUAUUUGCUCAAGGAGGGCAUCGAUGCCGUCAUUCAGGUAGAAAGAGACGGCGAUAACGGCUGCUGGUGUGCUCGAGGGCGGGCCAUGACCAAUCCGCCGCAGACGUCGAAGCAAUUCUAG